GACUUGGGGGCGUGGGGGGGAGAAGCCAGCAAUCGCUGUAAUUGGCUCUCGCGCAGGUCCCGCCCUCCAGUCGAGGGCUGUCACGUGACGCGACGGCUGGGGCCUCCCGGCGCGGGGGACGCUAGUGGCCAAGAUGGCGGCAGAGCUGGUGGAGGCCAAAAACAUGGUGAUGAGCUUCCGAGUGUCAGACCUGCAGAUGCUGCUGGGCUUUGUGGGCCGCAGCAAGAGUGGGCUGAAGCAUGAGCUGGUGACCAGGGCCUUGCAGCUGGUGCAGUUCGACUGCAGCCCCGAGCUCUUCAAGAAGAUCAAAGAGCUAUAUGAGACACGCUAUGCCAAGAAGAGUGUGGAGCCCAGCCCACAGGUGCCACGGCCUCUGGACCCCCUGGCUCUGCACUCCAUGCCCAGGACUCCCUUGUCAGGGCCCACCGUGGACUACCCCGUGAUGUACGGGAAGUACUUGAAUGGACUGGGACGCCUGCCCACUAAGACCCUUAAACCAGAAGUGCGUCUGGUGAAGCUGCCCUUCUUCAACAUGCUGGACGAGUUGCUGAAGCCCACUGAGCUGGUCCCACAGAGCACGGAGAAGCUGCAGGAGAGCCCGUGCAUCUUCGCGCUGACACCGAGGCAGGUGGAAAUGAUCCGCAACUCCAGAGAGCUGCAGCCUGGAGUGAAAGCCGUGCAGGUGGUGCUGAGGAUCUGUUACUCUGAUACCAGCUGUCCACAGGAGGAUCAGUACCCACCCAACAUCGCUGUGAAGGUUAACCACAGCUACUGCUCAGUGCCGGGCUACUACCCGUCUAAUAAGCCUGGUGUGGAACCCAAGAGGCCCUGCAGACCCAUCAACCUCACCCAUCUCAUGUAUCUUUCCUCGGCCACCAACCGCAUCACUGUCACCUGGGGUAACUACGGCAAGUACCUGAUGCUGCAGCCGCUCUGUCCACAGAGCUACUCCGUGGCGUUGUACCUGGUACGGCAGCUGACCUCCUCAGACCUGCUGCAGAGGUUGAAGACAAUUGGUGUGAAGCAUCCAGAGCUCUGCAAGGCACUGGUCAAGGAGAAGCUUCGCCUAGACCCUGACAGUGAGAUCGCCACUACUGGAGUGCGAGUGUCCCUUAUCUGCCCACUGGUGAAGAUGCGGCUGUCGGUUCCCUGCCGUGCAGAGACCUGUGCGCACCUCCAGUGCUUCGAUGCUGUCUUCUACCUGCAGAUGAAUGAAAAGAAGCCCACGUGGAUGUGCCCUGUGUGUGACAAGCCCGCUGCCUAUGACCAGCUCAUCAUAGAUGGGCUGCUGUCAAAGAUCCUGAGUGAGUGUGAGGAUGCAGAUGAGAUCGAGUUCCUGGCGGAAGGCUCCUGGCGCCCAAUUCGUGCUGAGAAGGAGCCCAGCUGCAGCCCACAGGGCCCCAUCCUGGUUCUCGGCACCUCUGACGCCAACGGCCUCCCACCGGCCUCCAGCACCCCUGGCGUGGGAGGCAGCUUGGGCAGCGCGCUGGGCGGCGUAGGCAGCGGGGCAGGGGCAGUGGGCGGCCUGGAGAACGGGAAGCCUGGCGCCGAUGUGGUGGACCUCACACUGGACAGCUCGUCAUCCUCAGAGGAUGACGAUGAGGAGGAGGAGGAUGAAGAGGACGACGAUGAGGGCCCCCGGCCGAAGCGCCGCUGCCCAUUCCAGAAGGGCCUGGUGCCCGCCUGCUGACGCGCCGGCCUCCCCUGCCCAUCCCUCCCCAGCUCCUGGCUCCCAUACCUCUGGACUCUCCCCUUGGAGGGAUUUAAAACAAAAAAACAAAAAAACAAAAAAAACAAAAACAAACAAAAAAAAAAACAGUAAAGUGACAAAAAAUGAGAAAAGUACAAAAACGAGAAAAAACGAGCAAAUCAACACUUACACAGGCCGGCAGCUUGCGCCCCACCUCCUGGAGCAAUCCCCGUGGGGCCCCCACAGGAGGGACCUUGGACACUGGAUGGGCGACCGGCUGUGUGGCUGUUUCUGCUUUUUCCUGCAUUGAGGCCGAGCACGGAGCGCUGGCCCGGCUGCGUAUUUAGUUGAGAAGCCAUGGUGGGGCGGCGGGCCGGGGACAGCGGCCACAAUGUGCAAUAACGUGGUGUCGCGGACCCGCGUGGCGUGGGGGGGUGUCGUUUUCUAGCCAGCUACCUCGGUAACUCCAAUUCAUUCAGGUUCACUUCCCCACUGGGCGGCCCUGCGGUGGGCUUGGGGCUCCUUGGCUGCCUCCCUACCUUCAGGAGCCUUGCUCUUCACCGUCUGCCGUCCUCCCCACCCGACUGUCAGGAAGCAAUACCGGGUCACCGGAGCGGCGGCCUGGCGGUGUCUCCGCAUGAACUCGCUGGGAGGCCGGGGCCCUCACCAGCCACGCGGCACUCUUUUCUAAUAUUUGUAUUCUAAUUUAAUUGUUUUUUAAAAAUGCAAAUAAAAAAAAAAAAGUA